CCGAUCCACCUCGUACGCGAUGCUCUUGCCCCCUCUCCGUCGCUCAGAUUUGUUCGCUGCUUCGCGGCGUCUGCGUGCUCAGAUUUGCUUGCUGCUUCGCUGCGUCUGCCUGCGAUGUUGGGAAAAUCACCAGCAUUGCCUUUGGUGACUACUGAUACUACUGCGUUCGGCUUCUACACUACUGGCAAUAUCUUGAGUUCACCGGUUGUGAAACUCUCGAGCAAGAAAUGCCGACGAAGAUUGCAUGUCCAGCAAAACAUUGAGCUUGGGAGACCUCGAGAUGCAAGUCGGAAAUGGCGGACUCUAUCAGCUGAUCAAGCUCAAGCUUCUGUUUUAGAUGUUGAUGAAGAGUGCAAACAAGUGCUCACUUCCCUAAAGUUCUCCAGUGAAGACGCUGAGAAGAUGUUGAAGAAGGCAUUUGGAUGGAUCCACUCACCAUAUUGGAGUGAAGAGAGAAAGAAGGAGGUUCCAAGUGCUGAGGUGGUAAAUGGAGUGUUGAACUACAUCAGGAGUCUCGGGCUAUCUGAUGAAGACCUUCACAAGGUGCUGAAGAAAUUUCCAGAAGUUCUUGGGUGUGAUCUUGACAAGGAGGUAAAGCUGAAUGUGAGCAAGCUGGACAGUGACUGGGGAAUUAAUGGGAAAACCCUGCGGAGUCUUCUUCUGAGGAAUCCGAAAGUUUUAGGCUAUAAUAUUGAUUGCAGAGGGGAUUGUAUGGCCCAGUGCACCCGUUGUUGGGUUAGGUUCUAAAUGUUCUGUUCUAGUACAUGACCACAUGAAUGUUCAGAAGCUUCAGAGGGCAUUCCAUUGGCUGUGGGAAAAUUGAGAUGACAUUUCACUGUGCAUUUUUCUGUAAACUAGCGCCUGGCAAAUGCAGCAGCACCAGCGCUUUUGUAGUUGAUGGAUAUACACUGUGUUAGUUUAUGUAUACAUUCUCAAAGAGCCAAACAAAUACUGUCUGUAAGAGAGUUGCAAUAAUCUGUGACACUUCAAUCAUUUUUUCUUGUUCU